AUGGUUGCAAAAAAGAGCCGCCUGCUGGCCACAGCUCUUCCGUAUCUUCAGAUCUUUUCCGUGUUUGUCCAGACGCCACCGCCCCAAAGUUUUGAUAGUACCACACGAAAAGGCCCUAAAAGGUACUUGAUGGCCGGAUUCGUCUGCUAUGCAGUUUCCAUCCUUGUGUUUGUCUUCGCCGCCUCCUACAUAAACAUUGUCGCCAUAAACGAGGAAGUCUUGGACUACAAUGUGGCCGACUUUACCAGAGUAAUGGGUAGCAUUCAGAAGAGCCUGUUUUCCGUAAUAGCCAUUGCCAAUCAACUAAACAUGCUGUUUAACUAUCGACGCCUUGGCGGAAUCUACGAGGACAUUGCAAAUCUAGAGAAGGAUAUUGACGACGCCUCGCAGUGUUUCGCUGGACAAGGGCAACGCUUCAGUUUCCGCUUCCGCUUGGCUUGCAUUGUGGGUCUAUGGCUGAUCCUGCUGGUGGGUGUCAUGCCUCGAUUCACACUCCUGUCCAUGGGCCCCUACGUCAGUUGGCCGAGCAAAAUUCUCACCGAGCUUGUAAUUGUGAUGCAGCAGCUCAAGAGCCUGGAAUAUUGUGUGUUUGUUUUGCUGGUCCACGAACUGGUUCUGCGAUUGCGCAACACCCUUCUUCAACUGCAGGUGGAACUGCAGGAUUGCAAUCACCAGGACAUGCUUCAGGCUCUGUGUGUCGCUCUUAAGAGAAAUCAGCUACUUGUUGGCCGCGUUUGGAGACUGGAGGGCGAACUGGCCAGCUACUUCGCUCUGCCCAUGACGCUGCUGUUUAUCUAUAAUGGACUCACCAUUCUGCAUGUGGUCAAUUGGGCAUAUAUCAAUACAUUCCUCGACGAAGACUGCUGUCGCUAUGACCGAUUCGGAACUUGCAUGUUGCUCCUAAUAAAUCUUCUGUUGGCUUGCCUUCUAAGUCAGCGGUGCAUCGAUGCUUACAACAGUUUCCCACGCAUCCUCCAUCAAAUUCGUAGCCUGUCUGCAUCAUCUGAAUUUCCCCUGCUAACCAGGGGAUUAAGGGAAUACUCCUUGCAGAUGCAACAUCUGAAACUCCGCUUCACCUGCGGAGGAUUUUUCGACAUCAACCUAAAAUACUUUGGCGGGGUGUUGGUUACGAUAUUGGGUUAUUCCAUAAUUCUCAUACAAUUCAAAGUCCAGGGAAUUGCUGAGACCAAAUUUAAGGCAAGCCCAAACAGUAGCAUCUAA